UAUUUGACUCAUAGACAAGAUUCGGUUCGUCACGUUCGAUUUAAGUGAGAGGACUGAGUAAUUGGAUUCCAAUAUCCAAUUUGAAUAUUUCAAGAGUGAUACUUGUGAUACUAAAUAAGUGUGCCUAAGUGAUGCCACGUAGGAAGCGCUCCUCCAGCCCCAUGGAUCUUUUUGACGACGACUUCGACGAGGACGCCAGCUCUCACAGUUCCCAGCCGCCGGUGCAGCGGAACGCGGCCAAUGCCCGGGAGCGAAUGCGCAUGCGAGUGCUUUCCAGCGCCUACGGACGCCUGAAGACCAAGCUGCCCAACAUUCCGCCGGACACGAAGCUCUCCAAGUUGGACACGUUGCGUUUGGCCACGCUCUACAUCAAGCAGCUAAUUACGGCCGUCGAGACGGGCAGCAGUGGCAGCCACACCCACCCGCACAGCCACCCGCACAACCACAGUCACCACCUCAACCACAGCCACUCGAGCACCGCCAGUUCCGACGGCCUGGACACGAGUCACAUGGCGGACGCCUCCGGAGGAGGCAAUUACCACUUCCACAACAACGGACACGGCAUGAGCUGGCCCUUCGAGUUCCACCAGAGCAGUCGCAGCCUGGCCUUUGUCGCGUCACCUUCAGUCACCACCACCAGCUCGUCCUCCUCCACUCGCCUGGAUUGGCAAGCCCUGCAUCAGCAAUCCUAUCCCAAGGCCACGAGAGGCGACAGCCAUGUAGCGGCGGAUCUCAGUUACCAUCAGUUGCCGGAACAGUUGCACAAUCACUGGUAUCCGGCGGAAGUGCAUCAGAUGGAGCCGCCGGCCAGCUGUUCCUACGAGACGGGAAUGGGGCAGCAUCAGCGGGGCUUGGUCAUAGCCACCAGUCACUCCCAGGGUAUUUGAUGGGAUUUAAAGCAUUUAAAUGGAUUUACUACCGUAAAUGUUGUUCUCACCCAAACCAAAUGUAAAUUAAUGUACCACCUAGUAAGUGUAUUAAAACGUGAUUUAAUUUAUCCAUGUAUCCAAAGAUUGGUGUUACCUCAUGAUCUUUCAACUAGCAAAUAUAUCAAUGUUUUAUAAAAAUAA